AUGAAUCUUAUCCUAGACAUUGACCCCUCUGGCAUCCACAAGCCAAACCACAUCAUCCAGCAUCCUCUCCCCUGGAUCAGCUGUUUCACCCCCCGCCAACACAUCCUCGCUGACAAAGUGUGCCAGGAGGAUAAUGACUUCUUCCUUGUCCAUUGGCCAUUCAAGUCCGAGAAACAGCGCCAGAUGUUCCUGGACAUGGACCUCUCGCGCUGGUCUACAUCUGCCUGUGCAAAUGCCCUGGACUCAAGGAUCCAGAUCCAUGCGCGCUUCAACACCGUCUUGUUCCUAAUCGAUGACAUGAUCGACAAAAUGGGAAUCGUGCAAGGCCAAAAAUACAUCAACACCCUCAUCCACUCCGUCGAAACCAACACAGCCCCCUCCAGCCCCGACACCGCAUCCCAAAUCCUGGCCACCCUGUUCGCCCAAAUCACCCUGGCCGACAAACCCAAAGCAUCCGACCUCUGGACCGCCCUCGUCCCCUUCUGGCGCGCCCAGACCGAGUCGCGCCGCGACCGCACCCGCAGUCUGGACGAGUACCUCGCCUGGAGAGUCACUGACAUCGGACACUUCGUCACCGGCGCCCUCGGCCGCUGGGCCAUCGACGCCAGCAUCCCGCCGCACGAAGAAGCCCUGAUCCGCAGCAUCGACGCGAAUAUCGGCGCGCAGGUCGUCCUCGUCAACGACCUGUUCAGCUGGGAGAAGGAGCUGCUGGACGCGGCGAAGAUGGAUUCUGAAGUCGUGAACGCGGUUGGGCUGGUCAUGCGCCUGGAGAACGUGGAUGCUGGGGCUGCGCAGAGGAUGCUUGCAAUCAAGGUCAAGGAGCUGGAGGAUAAGCAUGUUGAGCUGCUUGAUGGGAAGAUGGAGAACCUCUCGCGUGACUCGAAGGUUUAUGUCCGGUUUCUGGAGAAUAUGGCGGCUGGGAAUGAGUCGUGGAGUCGGGGGACCGCGCGGUAUAAUGUUGUUGGUGGGCAGCAGGUGAGGCCGGAGGUUGAGAAUAUUAGCUUUCGGGUGUUUGAUUUGGAGGGGGAUAAGGGGUGUGAUAUCUGA